UACCGUUACUACAGUAACGAGUCCAAAUUCCAUUUCACUGGCACAACAUUCAAAAUGGCGGACAAACAUGAAGUGUCAGUUGUGGGUCUGCUAAAGGACGUGGAUUUCCACAUAGCGAAGGGGGCAGUCUUGCAAUUGCGUCAGAAAGAGCCGGACUCUUUUUACGAUCCAAAUGUCCUCGGACUUCUGGAGUGUGAUUGGGUCUCUUUCAUUCAAGGAAAGAAAAAGGAGAUCAAGGGAGAGAUGUGGGGAUUUGAGGAGAGUGUGCUGGUAUUCAUUGAUGGACAACCCAUAGGGGGGAAAGAAGAUUUUCUAAAAUGGGCUCAGGAGAGUUUCAACUUUCAGGAUUUCAGAUCCCUCCCUCUAUGGUAUGCUAUGGCAAAGGCAAGUUACAAGGAUCAUUUAUUGAGUUUAAAGCAUGAGUUUGUCUACUUUGACAUAGCUGUUGGAGCAAAAAGUAUUGGAAGACUUAUUAUAGAGCUAUAUUCUGACCGUCUGCCUAGGACUUGUGGAAACUUCAAAUCUCUGAUAGCGGGUAACCUUGAGGAGAGUGAGCGCCAUGAUCCACCAUUAAAACUAAGAUAUAAAGACUCUAUCCUGCAUAGGAUAGUGCCCAAUGGCUGGAUACAGGGCGGAGAUAUUGAAGGUGGCAGGGGAAUUGGUGGAGAAUCUGUUUAUGGGCCUCUAUUUGAAGAUGAAGAUUUCAGUGUAGCUCACAACAGACGUGGUGUAGUUGGUAUGGCAAACAAAGGCCGACACACGAAUGGAUCACAAUUCUACAUCACUUUGCAGCCUGCCCCGUGGAUGGAUACCAAAUAUGUGGCCUUUGGUCAAGUAAUUGAGGGCCUUAAUGUUCUGGAUGUAUUGGAGGGACAAGAAACCUUCAAUGAGCGACCAAAGGUUGAGUGCAGGGUAGCCGACUGUGGAGUCUUAGACCCCGAGAGAAUAUGGCAAUAAACCAUAACAUAACAUCCGCCUUACAACACAGCACGUCCAUGAACAGACCAUCUAAGUACUAGAGAAGUUUAUAUUCAACACAAAGAACGGAGUUUUAUCCGUUGUAUAUGUACGUGUUUUUUUUUUUUACAUCACGUCAGAGUUAUCUUUUUAAGUACGCUUGCAUUUUUCUCCUAAUGCUAUUUUUUCACUUAUGCUUAGUGAUGCAAUAACAGUUUUCUUGGGUGUUUUUAAGAUGUGUAUGGGUCAGGACCAAUGCCAUUCAAUCUAUUGGCAAUUCAAGUCGAUGAUUUUAAAUCACUGCAAAAUAGCUUCUAAAACGUAAAUCAGAUCUUUAAACAAGCUGCUAUUGCUAGAGCAAUUUCGCAGCUAUUCAUGGCAUGGUGGAAGAGAGUUUAUUUAAAAUAUUUAGAAAGUUUCUUUCUGAUGUGGCGAACAGGAAGCUUUUUAUUUUUAUUUGUUGAUAGUCUCUAAUUUGUAUUUAGUUGCUUGCUUAAUCAUUAUUUCAGCUUCGUUGUGUAAAUAGAGAAAAUCUUAUAAUAAAUUCUGUAUUGCUUAUUACAA